CACACUCUUAACUUACUCUUUUAUUGCAGUGGUAUUAGCCAGAGUGAAAAGAGAACGAGUGUUCAACGACACAAGGAUGUUCAAAGUUCGAGUAAGAAAAGAGUACAAGGUAUCAGAAAAAGGAAUCAUAGCUUUGAAGUCUGGAAGAGUACUCACUCCAGAGUCAGAUGGAGUUUGCGGAGUGAAAAUGGAAGUAGGAAAACUCUACAUCAUUUCAGGUCGAAUUGAGAGUUUGAAAGCUCGUAUAAACUCGUGCGGGAGCUGGAUCCAGAAAUGGGAACACACAUCUAGGAGACAGAGGAAAGGGUUGAAGCUGCUGUAUAAAAAUGGAUGCAGUUGCGAUGUAAAGUAUUGCAGUAAAAAGAAAUGUCCAAGGAAGGUCGACAGCUGCACCGCUAAUUGGGCCAGCAGAUGCGAGGAAAAAGAGGGAAUAUGUCUUCGGCAGCCAAAGGGCUGCAUGUGGAUGAAGACGAGAGCGCUGGCACAAUGCAGACGAAGAUAUUUUUAUGAGAAUCGAGGAUUAGAAACUCUAACAUGAAUUUUCCAGGCAUAAUGUAACUUUUGCUGUGUGUUUGUCGGAUGAGAUUGUCAGAAAAUAUUUUAGUCUUAGUACCUCAUACCAUAAUACAAUUAUACAUCUGUCUCAGAAAAAUUACAAAGACAAUGGUAAUAUGCGGAGAUACCUCAGAAACAAACAUUAUAUUCGUGAUGUAUUGUUAAACUCAAGGAGACAUAAUGGGGUUAUAAAAAACAGUUUGCUUAACCAAUGAAGUACGAUAAUAAAACUUCAUUGGGCUAUAACAAUUUGCGUGAUUCAAACUAAUGAUUCAGUAGACAGCAAACAUGCAAACAAUAUUAAUAAUAUCGAACAAAAGGUGCCUCAUCUAAACUUAGCAUGAUUAAUCAUCGCGCUACAAGGUAUGUUCCUUUUCGGUCUCCCCAACGUGUAAGGGAAAUAUGUUUAUCGAUUUUUAGGAAAAAUGUUCUGAAUAAUUUUAAUGUAUGCUUUCGCCUGUAAGAUGUUUAAAAAUGAAUGCAGUAGCUCAUUAGGAAAUAAUAUAAACGCUUCAAAUUGCCAGGGGUUGAAAAAAGUUUGCGAUGAAAACCUUUCCUGCAUAAAAUUAUGGUUACAAGAAGAACCUGACACUAAAUAUUCACUCCAACAGUUAUUAGGUGUUUUUGGUAGUUAUUUAUUUUGGAAAAAAACAUGUAUAUGGAACAAAUUGGAGCAAUGAGAAGGCCGGAGGCAAAUGGAGAAAUAGGCUUUUGAACCAAGUGAUUUAUGACGUAUUUCUUGAUUUAGUAUGGGACUUUUACACAAUCUGUAUAAUUAUUCUAUAGUUUCACAGACAUUUUAGAAGAGAUCGGCCAUGUUCAUUAGAUCCAUUACUUUCUUGUGUAACGACUUAGGCCUAGCCUACACCAACAAAAGUUCUUAUACACUUUUUCACAAAAUAUUUUAACAUUUGCUUCAUCAGUCGUGGUUGAUUAAAGAGAUUCUAAAUUUCAUUUGUCUUUUUGAUUCUUCCAUGUUUCACACACUAUAAAGGAAAGACUUGCAAUAUGCAUAGAAAUAGUUUCUUGAAACCUUGUAUGAUGAUUUUCAUUUCCCUGAUUGCAGAUCACAGCUUUUCCUCCUACGCUAUAUUAAAUAUGCUUGUAAAGGAAUAGUAAUAAAUUAAAAUACUCACCAUUUCGUGAUGAUCAGGAUAAAACGUUUGUUCUAUGAGAGGGAAAUUUUCUUUACCCAAUCUUCUCUGGAGUUGAAGCAGAUGUCCAAAAACCCACGGUUUGUCCUUUAAACGAAAAAACUAUUUAGAUAAUGUUUUCUGUGUCAUCAAUUUCAUGUUUGAUGUCUUAUAUCGUCUUCGAUACAUUUUCUGUGACUUGAAAAAACUCAACAGGAUUUAGACAUGUUGUGUCGUCUCGCAGAUAAGGUACCCGGGGGUAAUAAGGCCCACCUAAGAAAUUAUAAUUAAUAUCUACGAGAGAAAUUUACUUUUUCAAACUUUUAUUAUUAUAAAAAAUAGAAAAGGGUAUAAACUAAAAUAAUGGUAAUGUUUGAACACAAAAUAAUCAUGCUUAUAUGUCGAGACGCGAACAUUAAAAAAUUGUCUUCUGGGCCUUAAAGCCUGCAAGUGCAUAUAAUAAGGCCCAUAUUUAAAUGAACAAAAAACAAGUCAAACGAAUAAACAAAACAAAAAAAAUCAAAUAAUAAAAAGAAAAUAUUAAAAUAAUGAUAUCUAAACAUAAAUAUCAAAAAUAUCCCUUUGGGCCUUAAUAUCUGCAACGACAUAUAAUGAGAUUUGAAUGAGAGAUAAAAAAAGUAACAGUUCAACAAAAUACUGAUAGAAUAAAAAUUAAAUGUAACACACUAAAAAAACAGUAUCAAAGAUAACAUAUGGUAUUAAGUAUAAAUCUAAUACUUAAGGCAUACAGUCUGGACACAAAAAAUUUUCAGUAUCGUCCGCAGUCAAACCAGCACAAUCCUCAUGGACCCAAAAACCACAAGAAGCACAUCGUCUCAUAUCUGCUACAUAGUCUUCGUAGCAAAUCACACAGUCUCAUUCUUCGUUAUGUUCUUUUGUUUAUGAUGCAAUGGAAGACACAGAUUCAGAUGGCGAUUUAGCAGUAUUCGAUAAGACUGGAACGGGAUCAAGUUGAGACUCCACCACCUUUAAAAAUACGGAUCGCUUGACUUCAACUUCUUUGUAAUUUAUAGCUUUACGUCUUGGAGCAGAUUUUUUUUGACUAGAUCUGGUGUUGGUAACACUUCCGCGAAGGAAUUAUUCAAAGGGAUUAAUUCUUUACGCAAUUCAUCUGAAUCAUAUUCCGAAUCAUCGGCAGCGGCGGUCGUCUCCUGGUAAGGUUUCUCAGUUGCAAGACUUGGGGCAAAUGCUUCAAUGGGAAGAACAUCCUUAUCAUAAGGGCAUAUUCCCGUAGCUCGAAAGCCGCUUGUAAUAUUUCCAAUGGACAUUGCUUUCUGCCAUGUACGUGUGAAAACUUCAGAAAAUCUUUCCCUGUUUAAAUCACGUGUAGGAUGUUUAUCCCAGUACUUUAACAAUUCAUCGUCCCAAUAAGCUUCAAAUGCUCGAAAUAUAGCUUUGUCCAUCGGCUGAAGCUCAUGGGUGGUGUUACUCGGCAGACAAUAUAAGUGAAUGCUUCUGCUUUCUCAGCAAUUCUAAUAUCCAAAUGGCAUUUGGCUCCAUCAAAAAUUAAAAUUACUGGCGGAGGCGACAUGUAUUCAAUGAAAUGGUCUAACCACUUAUCAAACGUUUCUAUCGUCAUGCUCCCUUUAGGCGUCAUCAUAACUUUUGAGCCAGCCGGUAAGCCAUCUGAGUAGGUUGGCUUCAUUCUCUUGCCCUUAAAAAGAAUGACAGGCGGUAUGACAUGUCCGAGAGCAUUAGCGCAAGCGACGAUAGUUGCGUUUUCGGCGUGUUCAUGAGAAAUUACAUGCACUCGUUUUGCUCCUUUGGCUGCCAGAACGUUUUGUUGGUGGUGAAGAGUCAAGCGGCAACCCUUCUCGUCCAUAUUAUAAAUUUUUGCUUCUUAAUUUAUUAACUGAGUGCGCUCCAACAAAUCUCAUAGUUUUUUGAAAUGAUCGAUAAAACGAUUUAAUUUUUGGGCUCUUGCUGGAUUCAUGAAUUGAGAUGGACGAUAUUCUCAGAUGAUUUUUCAGAAAAGUCCUUACCCACUCCCUACCAGCGAGACGAGUUUCCUGAUUGAAACAAUUCUUAAUUUUCUUUUGCUCAACAUACCUGAACACAGACCUUCUUAAUGCUUUUGGUGUUAGCGGAAAACCUUUAUCGGCUAGCCGAAUUAUUUUAUUCUCAAGGUCAGUCUCUUCAUUAUCGGUCAAUAUUGUUUGUCUAUCUAGUUUUCUCUUCACGCUUUGUGAUUUAGUGUGGUUCCUAAGUGUUCGUCUGGGUAUUCCGCAUUUUUGUUCCACCCAGCGCUGAGAUUUUCCCUCGUUAAUAUAAUUUAAUGCCUCUCUCAUCAUCUGUUCAUCCCAAUUUGCCCUUAUCCCUCUGCUUUUUUUACCCAUCUUCUGUAAAAGAAUAAAUAAAUCUAAUGAAUACGUGUAUUCAUGGCGGCAGAAAAUAAAGCCCAAGCCUUUUUCAAUGCAUUUAGAAAAUAAGGCCCGGGCCUUAUAACCUGUAGCACAAUAAAAUUAAUUUUGAGGUUAUUAAACAACAAACAAACCCAACAUAAAAAGAAAUACUACGUAAAAUGAAACUAUCAGAUACAUAGAUUAUCAUGCAUACAUAAUGAAAAAUCUACGUAUUAUUAAAACAAUUUAAUUUGCUUACUUACCGGUCGAAAUUCUUAUAAAAUACAGCACAGCGAAACGUGACACCAUAGAACACGCCAGGAAGCUCAUAACCAUAGAACAAAAUUACACUUCCGGCAACAGUAAUACUAACUCAUCUUGGUGUUGUUCUUUUGAUAAAAUUAAUUGCAUUAAUCGCAAGCAUUGAAAAAACAGCUUGAUUCGUUUGCAUCUUAGAAAGCACAAAAUAAGAACUGAGAAACCUACUUAUUUUUCACUUAUCGAUUUCAAAAGUUUGAUGACCUUUGAUCAAAACAACAUACUGACUUUUAUAGCUAAACACUCAUGUAACUUUUGGUAAUGAAUGAAUACGAAUUUUCGAGUAAUAUGAUAUUGUCAGUUCUAUGAGGUAUUUGCGUCAUAAAAAUAACGGAGACAGUUAAAAUGCGCCUUGUUAUUCCGACAUGUUCAAGGUAGCUUGUGCAUUUUUGUAUAUAGAUAUAAAUAUAGAUUCGUAAGAUAUUUUUGUAUUGGUUUACUAAAACGCUACUUUUAUUGUUUUGUUAAAUUUGUUAUCUAGUUUAUGUAGACGUUAAGUAUGAUUUAUUUAUAAGUAACUAUAACUACUGCUUUCAACACAUUCUCUGAUUUAGUUAGACGCUAUUUAUAUUGACCAUAUAAUGAAAUACUCACACUUAUUUCAGUAUUUCUGAAGAGACGUUAAUAUCGGCUUAUUCGAUAAACAAUGUUAUUAAAGACGUAUAGGUCGAUGUUGGAAUGCGAGAAAUCAAGUUGUGUGAGUCGUAAUAACCAACUUUUUAGGAAGAUGAAAAUGAUAUCUUUUAAACUUCCUCCGCGGCUUUGCAUUGACAACAUCGUGCAAAAAUUAGCACGAAAGAGUAACUUUUGUGGACGCAUCGCCACCUAUAGUCGCAGGGCUCUGACAAUAAGUCCUUCAUAAAGUCAACAUUAUCCAGCUCAUCUCAAAAAUUCUCUCUGAUUUAUCACCUGUUGAUAAUAAUAAUAUUUUUUGCCCAACAGUUACAGGGCAAUAAUACAUAAGCACACCAGAAAACCAAAUUAAAUAAAAAAAAGCGAUUAAUGGAUUUCAAAUAUAAAUAAUAAUUGAAUUAGCAGAAAUUAUGAAACAUAUUACAGAAAGAAAAAACAUUAUGAGAAUUUUGACAUUACGUUAAGCAUCAAUACGUUUAACAUGCCUAGGAGUCUUGUAGGCGAACAAUUUCAAAAAGCAUUGUUGCAUUCUCUCAAUCGCCAUUUUAUGUUUGGAGUACUAGAGAUACCAAAUAAUUGACGCAUAUUCUAAUUUUGAAUGGACGAAAGUCAAAUACAUUAUUGUAAGAGCCCUAACAUUAGUGAGACACCGACAGUUUCUCAUUAUUAGUCCAUACGCCUUUGAUGCGACAUUAGCCAUUAUUGAGAUAUGCUCAACAAAUUACAUAAUUGAGUCGAAAACAAGUCCUAGAUCUUUAGUUUUCUGUAAACGAGAAAGUACCUCAUCCCCUAUAAUGUAGUCAAAGACAAGCAGACUUUUUCUAAGUUACACUGUCUUACAUUCAAAGUUGGUUUACUUGACACCAAGUCAUUUCCAUCUGUAAGGUAUGACAGUCCACCGUAUUUGUGAUAAAUAGGAAACUUUCCAAAUAAUGACCAUAAAGAAGUUUAGAUAGUAUCACACAAGUCAUUUAUAAAUAAUGUGAAAAGUAGUGGGCCAAGAUUUGAUCCUUGCGGCACCCCGAUGCGCAAGCAUAUUCAUAAGAGUUGUAGCCAUUACGCAUAUAUGAAACAAACUGCCUUCUGUUAGAUAGAUAUGAUUAAAAAAAUAACAAAGCAGGACGAUGUAAGCCAUAAUUUUUAAGUUUGUCUAUAAGAACUGCAUGCAAGGUGUCAAUAAAAUCGGUAUAUACGUAUACAAUAUCUACUUGAGGAAGUUUAUCAACACAAUCUGAUAUAUAUUGUGUAAAUACCAUCAGAUUUAUUGUCGUAGAUCUUCUGGCCACAAAACCAUACUGACAGCGUGAAAUGAGAUCAGGUACGGAAUUAUACAGGGUGUCCCAGAAGUCGACGUCAAGCCGAAACCGG